CACCAAGUAAUUCUUCUUCUUCGUCACUUCUUUUGCAAAUCCUUUGCCCACACCAUCAAAGAGCGCAUCGAAAGGUGGAAGAUACAGGCGUAUGAAAAGUACCCAAAGGGGCAGUCUCGAGGAAGGUGGAAACACCUCAAGCAGAUUCUUCAGGCUGAGAAUUUCCAAGAUUGUCCUCCCCAUGAACCCAAUUAUGUCAACAUUGAGUCGCCUCCAUCCACUCAGCCAUGCAAGAGAAUUUGCGAUAUAACAGGAUAUGAGGCACCAUAUGUCGACCCAAGAACAAACCUGCGGUAUGCAAAUUCCCAGGUUUUCAAGGCCGUAAGGUCACUCUCUGCCGAGCAAGUCCAGCAGUAUCUCUCCAUACGCAAUGCUGCUGUUGUUCUCAAG